UCUAAGAGCAAAGGGUGGAAUCUAUGAUGCGACUGCGUGCCUAGAGAGAUGGUGAGGAGGCCCGGGCGGAAGUGGAGGCUACAUCCGCCGCCUGGAGAGAGGAAUCCCGGAUGUUUGGGGGACCCGGAGUGCGGUAAGGCGAUCGGGAAGGUGGGACGCAUUAAUGCUGGCUUCUGAAGAAUGUUUGUUCCAAGAUCUCUGAAAGUCAAGCGGAGUGCAGCUGAUUCAGAGACCUGCGUAGCUAAAAAGAAUAAGCCCUCUUCAGAUGAGUCCUCGUUUGAAAAGGUUACAGAGCUCAGAGAGGCCAAGUUGGAUAUAAGAGAUGUAUCAGCUACAGAAACGAAUGUAUUCAAACCAGUAGAAGGGUACACUGAGCCACAGAUCUCCGAAUCGUCUCCGGCAAAGGCCGACGAAGAGAACUGUUCUCUUGUGGAAGAGCCCAUAAAAUCGUUCUGUAAAAACCAACGCUGGCCACAGCCUGGGGAACCUGUAUGUGUGGUCUGUGGCCGCUAUGGGGAGUAUAUCUGCGACAAGACGGACGAAGACGUUUGCAGCUUGGAGUGUAAAGCCAAACACCUUUUACGUGUCAGAGAGGAGAAAGAAAACCAAGAACUGGCUAUUACUAAUAAAGCAGAAUCUCUCCCCAGUUUUCCGAGUGGUCCUUACGCCUAUGAAGAAAAUGCCUUUGUGUCAAGUCUUCAAGAUGAGCAGAUUGACAACUUAAAGCAGCAGCUGGGCAUUGUUGUCCAAGGCCAAGGAAUUGCAAGACCUAUAGUAGAGUUUGAACACUGUGGCUUUCCUGAUGUUCUGAACUCCAAUUUAAAAAACUCUGGCUAUGAAGUUCCAACUCCGGUUCAGAUGCAAAUGAUUCCAGUUGGAUUGCUGGGCCGGGAUAUUGUGGCAACAGCCGACACGGGCUCAGGAAAAACGGCUGCAUUUUUGCUUCCUGUUAUAAUUAAAGCCAUGGGAGAGGUAGAAGCACCAUCUGCUCUUAUUCUGACGCCAACCAGAGAAUUAGCUAUCCAGAUCGAGAAACAGGCAAAAGAGCUUAUGGUUGGGCUACCAAACAUGAGAACAGUCCUUCUAGUUGGAGGAUUGCCUUUACCUCCUCAACUUCAUCGCCUGAAACAGAAUGUUAAGGUUAUAAUAGCAACUCCCGGAAGGCUCCUAGAAAUUCUAAAGCAAAGUUCUGUUGAACUCCAUAAUAUCAAAAUAGUUGUAGUGGAUGAGGCUGACACUAUGUUGAAGAUGGGAUUCCAGCAGCAAGUGCUAGAUAUUUUGGAGAACAUCCCCAGAGACCAUCAAUCAAUUUUAGUGUCAGCCACAAUGCCUUUUGGUAUUGAGCAGUUGGCAAAUCGGCUCCUCCAAGACCCUGUGAAAAUAACCAUUGGGGAGAAAAACCAGCCAUGUUCCAAUGUCCGCCAGAUUAUUCUGUGGGUGGAGGAACCUUCGAAAAAGAAGAAACUGUUUGAAAUUUUAAAUGAUAAGAAACUUUUCAAGCCACCAAUACUGGUAUUUGUGGAGUGUAAACUGGGUGCAGAUCUUCUGAGUGAUGCUGUUCAUAAAAUCACAGGCUUAGAAACAAUAUCCAUGCAUGCUGAUAAAUCACAGACAGAAAGAACAACCAUAUUACAGGGUCUAUUCCAAGAAAAGUAUGAAGUUGUCGUAAGCACAGGAAUCCUUGGACGUGGACUUGACCUUGUCAACGUUAAGCUGGUGGUAAAUUUUGACAUGCCAUCUAGUAUGGAUGAAUAUGUACACCAGGUUGGAAGAGCAGGUCGGCUCGGUCACAGCGGAACGGCCAUUACCUUUAUUAACAACAACAGCAAGAAACUGUUCUGGGAUGUUGUGAAGCGAGUGAAACCCACGGGCACCAUCCUCCCUCCUCAGUUAUUAAACUCUCCGUAUCUUCAUGACCAAAAGAGGAAAGAACAGCAGAGGAGUAAAGAGUCUCAGAAGGGACUUGUGACUGGCGACAACCUUAUGGACAUUAUCCGAAAACACGACAAAAGCACGUUUCAGAAGCAAUGAGCUGUACUGUUUUUGUAAAUAUUACAUUUGUAAAUGGAAAGUCUUUUUCAAUUUGUACUUCAUAAUUCUUUGGCCAUAAUCCAAUUAAAAACAAUCCCUUUGAAA